UACUAAUGCUAAUAUAAGAAUAACCCUUUUGAAAUUGGCCCUCAAUAAUUUGCUUUGCAUCAAUUUCUUUGAGUUUCUUUCCUCCGAACUAUUUGUAGUCGAGCACCUUUUGUGUGUGAUGUAGCAUUUGUCCGAGUGAAACAAGUGCCCAGCCAGUAUUUCUAUUUCUUUAAUCUUACCGGAAACAUUUGUUGGAGAGAAUCAUCAUGGCGUGUGGUAGAAGUAGUAUGAUAAGCACAACCGUCCUUACCCCGAUAUUGUUAAUACUCAUCUGUCACCCCAUUGAAAGUGCUCACAUCGUGUUUCUUCACUCUGCGUAAUAAUAAUAAUUUUUAACAAAAAUUGGUUAAUAAUUAUAAAACAUACUAAAACCUCUGUAAGUGUUUACUUUUAUCAAUUAUUAUUUAUACGUCGCUACUAACAGAUCGAGUUACAGCCACCGCGUGCCGCAAUGGCCGCUGAUCUUGGCGUUGGUUGAGCGAGGCCAUCAGAUCACAUUUAUCAGUGGGUAUGAAGGUGGGACAGAGAUGAAUCAUGACAAAGUGAAGGACCUCGUCAUUCCAGAAUUGGCAGAAAUGCUGGAAUAUCUCAUAUCAAAAUUUGACAUCAAUUACCGCAUCCAAGGGCUCCAACCAAGCUCCUUAUUCACUUUGGACCCCGUGAGCUACGCCGCUUGCCAAGCGGUCCACCGCAGUCCCACUUUCCAGGCCUGGGUAGCCACCAUCCCCUCCAUUGAUCUCAUCUACUCGGACACAAAUCCUGAGUGUGCAUAUGGUCUUGCGGCAAAGUUUGGUGCAAAACACGCCAUUUUCCAAACAAUUCCACUUUCUUCUAAACAAUUUGAAGUACUCGGGAUUUCAUCAGAAGCUGGGUCAAUCCCACCUUGGGAAAUGAGUGAUAUACCUCCCCUCUCUUUCUAUAAAAGGACAGUGGGAACAUUUUUGCCGUUCAUCGGGAGGGUGCAACAACUUUCCUUAUAUCGAUUCCUGUACAAAUCACUCUUUGUUGAAACAUUGGGCCUGGAAACACCUCCAGAGUUGUAUGACAUGGAGGCUGACAUAAGCCUGCUCCUCAUAAAUGGCAACUACCUGGAAGACUAUGCCAGGUCCCUUCCUCCAUUCGUUGUGAAGGUGCCAGGAAUGCACAUCCGAGAAAAUUUGGAAGCUGAACAAUUAGAUCCGAGCUUGGAGGCGUUCAUAUCUUCCUCCUCCGAUGACACGGAUGGUUUUAUUUACAUCAGUUUCGGAACGGUAGUAAAUGCUUCGAAUCUUCCGAAAUCGUUUUUGGACAUUUUCUUCCGCUCCAUCGAAGCCUUCCCAACCCUGCAAUUUAUCUGGAGGUGGAAAGGCCCCAUACCGUCCCCGCAUCCUAAGAACCUUCUUUUCACUCCAUGGGUCAACCAGCAAAAAUUACUUUCCCAUGGGAAGAUUAGGGGAUUCAUAACACAAGCUGGGCGACCUUCUAUGCAAGAGGCCUUCUAUCAUGCCGUUCCUACCAUUGCAUUUCCAAUUUUAGGAGAUCAAGAUUUCAAUGCGGCCAAGUACGAAUAUCUCGGCACUGCCGUUUGCAUGGACAUAGCAACAGUUACCCAACCCCAACUGAUGAUUGCCAUUAACCGCACUGUUACGGACACGGCCUGGAUUGGACGUGUCAAUAGGAUGGCGUCCCUUGCACGAGAUGUGCCGAUAACCCCAGUGAAGAUGGCCUUGUGGUGGACAGAGUUCAUUCUCCGCCACACCCCCGAAGAAAUCAACUUCUUGAAACCUUUGGGUCAACAAAGUGAUUGGUGGAAACGGCGAGAACUCGACGUCUGGGCUUUCGUCAUAUUGUUUAGCGUCGUCGUUUCGCUGGUUAUCUUCAGACUGACCAGGCCCUUACGUCAAAGUCUCUGGAAGAUGGUCAAAUCACUAAAAUCUAAGCUUGACUAAAACUUACAAAGACUCAAAAGAUGCGUAAAUAAUAAAAUUUGGAUAAUUAACACCGGUGACUGAAAAGAUUAGCGAAAGUACAUACUAAAGUUUUUUGAGUUUUUUUACAAGCUUUAGCAAACUCAAACAAAUUGAUAAUUGCACAUAUGCAUUAUGUUUCUUCAAAUUGCCUCUGUUGUGUCCCCGACAAACGGACUUGUAGGUUACACAAGCCCUGACCCUCGGAAUAAAAAAAAACUGGGUUUAGAGUAUAUUCGUAUGUCUGUAAGUCAAGAAGCGGUCCAAAUUAUUAGAUGCUAAAGUCAUCUUUAUAGAAUCCACCAAUUUUGAUAACAAUGAAAUUGGAUAAAAUUGUUGAUGCCCCAGAGACAUGCAACGCCCGUAACGCCAUAAGGUGCACAAUCAUACGAUUCAUAGCAAGGAGUGAUACAAGUAGAAAGUAAAGUACCUAUCGAGUAACAACGGUGAAACUACCUGCACCCAACAUUGUAACGUGAUUGUAACGUGCAUACAUAUGCGUGUGUUAGCUUUAGUCGCAAGUUUAACAAAAAGUUGCAGUCGUUGCACUUUGCUGUGUAACACAUCAAAAAUUAUGUCUGGCUCACGAAAAUGUUGAUUAUUAUUUUGACCUCGUAGUAUUUUGAAAUCAGGACGCACACAACUGAUUGAUUUUUUGAAAAAUUUCAAGCGGAAAGCGUGAUUCUUUACAUAUACACAUUUAUGCGAUAACUGAAUUUUAAUACUGGGCGACUCACUAAAAGUAUAUUGUGCUGAAUUGCUACCACUAUAGGAUGCAAAUUUUACGAAUUCUUGUCAUGCUUUGCAAAGGUGUUGAGUGAGGUUGCCAAUAAUCAUAGUAAUCUUUGGGGG